AUGGAUAGUCAAAGUUACAGAGAUGUAACAGACAACAGAGUAUUUUGGGUGAGUGACAAAAAAGGCCAGGGUUUUUCACGAACAGAACUUGGAGGAGGUAGACAGGUGGUUCCGGACUUAAGUAGGGUAUCUCAAGCAUUAUUCAACAGAAGUAAUAGUUUCCCUGCUUCUUUUUGUAGUAACAAUGAAGAGAGUUAUUUUGUAAACUUUGAUCAGAUUACUGCAAUGGGAGAGGAUCAGCUUAAUCCCUUCGUAGAGAGUAUUAGGGAUGCCAAUACUCUUUUUCUAGAUGAUAAUAUAAGCUUUAUUGGGUCAAAAGAAACUGAUAGUUACUUUGACAAUACGUCAAAAUACCAAAGAUCUGUUACUAUGGACUUUUCAAACAAUUCCAAAUAUCCAGGUAUAUGCUCAUAUUAUCCCAGAAAUGUUAAUUGUAUUGAUUAUUCCAGAUCUAAUAGUGACUUGGCGAGACUGUUGGAAAAUAAAGAUGAAUUAGAAACUUAUAAUACUGACAAUUCAUUAACUCGUGAUUCAUCUGGUUCAAGUACUGAAGGCACUGGCCACUUUAUCUAUGGCUCUUCUAAUGGUUAUAUAGAAUAUGGAAAUGAAGGUAUUAUUGAUUCAAAACAUUCACAUUAUUGUGGACCUAAUAUGGCUGGAGGAAGAUUACCUUCUCCUAAGAGAGAUAGAUUUAUGAGACAGAGUGAUUCUUUAAGCUCUUUGACAAGCGACCAGCUUAAGGAUAUUGGGUUUAUUAAUAAACAAAAUAAUAAAAGGAGGUCCAAACGAGGUUAUGCUCCUGUUAAGCUCUUUGUAAACAGAGUUCCAAAACAUAUGACAAAUGAAGAGCUGCUUAAGAUCUUCAAUAAGUAUGGAUUGGUUGUUGAAUGUAAUAUAAUUCGUGACUCUAAUGGUCCUAAAGGAUGUGCCUUUGUAAGAUUUUCUAACAUUUAUGAAGCACAAAAUGCAAUUCUUUGCAUUCAUGGUAAGACUGUACUUGACAAGGAGGUUGGUCCAAUUCAAGUUAAAUAUGCAGAUGGAGAGAUUGAGAGGUUAGGACUUUCACCAGAUGUUCAGCCAUGUGGUGAAUCAGUUAAGGUUUUUGUUGGUAGUCUUCCAAAGAAUUGUACUGAAGACCAGCUUCUUCUGCUAUUUAAGCAGUUUGGUCAUGUUGAUGAGGUACACAUUAUAAGAGAUAACAACAAACAAAGUAAAUGCUCAGCUUUUGUUACUUUUCCUCGCAAAUUUAUGGCAGAGAACGCAAUUAUGUUCCUUGAUAAAAAGUACAUAUUUGAUAACUCUAAGAGACCAAUUGAAGUUAGGCUAGCUAAGAGUAGGGCUAAACAAAAACAACAGCAACAACAGCAGCAACAAUCCCAAAAUGCAAACUGUAGGCCAAAUAACAGUAUGAGUCCUAAUCAUUCAGAUUUUAAUACAGGUAAUAUGGGAUUCGGUCUAUCAUAUAACAAUAAAUCUUAUGGAUCGUUUGGGAUGCAGGGUAUGCCUUUGAGAGGUGGAACAGAGCUAUUUGACCCUAUUCCUGAGGUUCCACCAUCACAUAUGCAGUUUUCUAGCAUCCAAGGUUCUCAUCAUAAUGUAGAUGUUGCUAUGCAGAACUUUGUUAUUGGUCAUGGUCUUAACCAUGGGCAUCUCAGCCAUCAACUUGGUAGCCAUCGCCAUGGUAACCAUUCCAGUCAUUCUAAGGUUACCACAAAUGGCAUAUCUAAUACUAAUACUGAUAUUUCUAAUACGAAUACUGCUUCUCCCACCAAUAGCAGUUCUAAACUUAACACAAACUCUUCAAUAUUAAUUGGGACUAAUUCGAGCAUGAACAACCGUCUUGACUCAGCUCCAACCGUCAUCCACAAUAUGAGGAAUUUAGAGCAACAAAUGAACCAGGAGCUGGCAGGUGGACCCAAACGAGGAAUGCAUAUGGGCCCCAGCCAUUCUUCUUUAAUUAGUGAUUCUUGCCAUAAAGGAGGUCCAAAAAAUGAGGAUCAGAUCAAAUUUACUCCUCCAACACUUUUGGAUUUCUGGGCAAAGCCAAUUCUUAAUGUCUAA